AUGAUUUGCUUGAUCACAGUGUUUGGCGUCAUUCUUUCAUCAAUUUUCAUCGAAAAAUACGGGCGUCGCAGUCUUCUGCUCGCCACUUUCACACUUCUCGCCGCCUUCAACGUCAUCAUUUUCGCGUGUAUGCUUCUGUUCGAGACGCAUCAAAGCGCGCUGCUCGGCUACGGUGUCGUCGUCGCGAUCGGUUUGUUCAAUUUGAUCUUCUCGGCGGGACCAUGUCCGAUAGCGUUCUUCAUCACCGGCGAGCUCGUCUCGCAGGGAGCCCGAGCGGCCGCGUGCACAUGGGUCAUCGUGCUGCUCAAUUUGAUGCGUUCGAUUGUUCUUGUGAUCUACAAUCCAAUCGAAAAUCUACUCGGCGGCCCGCUGGCCUACUUCGUGUUGUUCUUCCCGCCGUGCGUACAAAUGGUGCCGACCGCGUCGAUUUCGGCGCACGUUUUGGACAUUUCCGGCGGCAAACCGGCGGCGGGAAUUCAAAUUUUAGCCUAUUUUCAAGUUGAUGAUAGUUGGAAGAAAAUUGGAUCUGAAUUCACUCAAACCAACGGCCGCGUCGAUUGGGUCUCGCCGAACGUUCCGCUCGAAUCUGGAACCUAUCGCCUCGUCUAUCUAACCAAACCAUACUACAAUCAGCAGGGCAUCGACACCUUCUAUCCGUACGUGGAAGUGAUAUUCGAAGUCAAAGACGCCACUCAACAUUACCAUGUGCCUUUAACAUUGAGCCCGUGGGGAUAUUCGACCUAUCGCGGUUCUUGA